AUGGAGGCGGCUUCGCAUCAUCAGCGUCACAUCCUGAAUGGACAGUGCUUGUCAUCGCUCCCAUCGAAGUCAUGUCGGCAAAGUAUCUCAUCUACCGAAAAGGCAUUGGUCAGUCAAUCGGCAUGCACAUUGUUCAUUUAUCUACGCAUACCGGAGGGGGGUCCGUUGUCAACGUAUGGAGGAACGUCCCAACGCCCCCCCCCCCCCCUGUUCCAGCCGAGGCCGAUAGGAUGUUCUUCUUCCGGGGAAAUCAUGUGGGAAAUUACCACCGCUGCGUUGCAAAUGACAGUGAUCUGCCGAUGGCAUAUGUCGAUAGCGCACCUUACGAUACAAACGCAGCGGUUCGGGCUGACCUCUGCGGAGUGUCAUCGGUGGAUUUGCCACAUGUUGUUUAUUUGCGCGCGUCGGGAGGGUUGA